AUGACCUCCCAACCCAACAUGGAGCGCUUCCUCCGCGACUGGCGCCAAGACGCCCUCAACAAAGCGCAAUACGAAUCCGCCAUCUUCAUCGGCGACAAGCUGCUCGCCCUCACCCGCGACGACAACGACGCCUUCUGGCUGGCCCAGGUGCAUUUCGCCGCCGGCCACCACGCGCGCGCCCACGACCUGCUGCGCAAACACAGCUUGAUUGGGUCGAACCCGUCGUGUCGGUACUUGGCUGCGCAUUGUCUGAUUAAGCAGGGGUGUUUUGCUGAGGCGUUGGGGUUGUUGGGGGAGGUUACGCCCGCGCAUUUGUUGGUGGCGGGGAGGAGGGCGAAGAGGAAGAUUGUUGCUGGUGGGGGGGGACAUGAUCGGGCUCAGUCACAGAAUAAGAAUCAGAUUCAACACAACCAACAAGCCCAGGAGGAGGCGAAGAACGAGGAGGAAUGGUCGACGCGGAGGUACGAGGCGGGCAUGUGUUACCUGCGAGGGCUCUGCUACGCCAAGGAGAACGCGUUCGACCGGGCCAAGGAGGCGUACAAGGACGCGCUGCGGAUCGAUGUGCAGUGCUAUGAGGCGUUCACGCAGCUGGUGCGCAACGCGCUGAUGUCGGCGGAUGAGGAGGCCGAGUUUAUGCAGUCGCUGGACUUUAACGGGGUACGGGCGGUGGGUCCCGGUGGUGACGGUGAUGGGAACGGGGAGGGUUCAGACCUACAAACGGAACCGGGGGACUACGUGCAGAUGCUGUACCAGACGCACCUGUCCAAGUACGGCAACCCGGGGGCGUUCAACACCGCCGUCGAGUCGCUAUCAACCCACUACGGACUCGCCGAGAACGCCGACCUCCUCCUCGCCCGCGCCGACCUACUCUACACCCAAUGCCGCUUCAAAGACGCACUAGUCAUCACCUCAUCCAUCCUCCAAGACGACAAAACCGACUUCCCCGCCUACCCCAUCCACCUCGCCUGCCUCUACGAACUCCGCCAAACCAACGAACUCUUCCUCGUGGCCCACGACCUCGCCGACCACCACCCGGACCACGCCUGCACCUGGCUCGCCGUCGGCACCUACUACCUCGCCACGGGAAAAAUCGCCGACGCCCGCCGCUACUUCUCCAAGUCCUCCAUGAUGGACGCCACCUUCGGCCCGGCCUGGAUCGGCUUCGCCCACACCUUUGCCGCCGAAGGCGAACACGACCAAGCCAUCACCGCCUACUCCACCGCCGCCCGCCUCUUCACCGGCACCCACCUGCCCCCUGUGUUCCUGGGCAUGCAAAACCACGCCAUGAACAACAUGACCGCCGCAGAAGAAUACCUCAAAUCCGCCUACCAGCUCUGCCGCACCGAUCCCCUCCUCCUCAACGAAAUGGGCGUCGUCCUCUACCACCAGGGCCGUCUGAAGGACUCCGCCAAAUUCUUUCGUCAAGCCCUCCUCGUAGCCGCUGACACGGGCGCUGACCCCCGCGCUUGGCUCGGCGCACGCACCAACCUCGCUCACGCCUACCGCCGCAUGCGAUAUCUCGACGCGGCGCUGGAAGAAUUCGAUGCCGUUCUCCGCGACGGAGGGGGGAAGAAUGCAGCGGUGCUAUGUGCGAAAGCACUGAUCUUGCUCGAUUCCGGACGCGCGGAUGAUGCGGCGCGGGUGUUGCAUGAAGCACUGGCUGUGAACCCGCAGGAUCCGGUCGCCACGGAGUUGUUGAAUAAAGCGUUGGAGGAGGCGGGGGUGGGGGAUGUGGUUGUUGAGGCGGGGAGUUUGGUGGGGAGGUUGAAUGCGGGGGGGUUGGAUCUUGAAGAAGAAGAAGAAGAAGAAGACGGGAACGGAGGGGAAGAAGGGGGAGAAGGGGAAGGGAAUCCGGAACUGGCUGCUAUGGACCGGUUCGAGGCAGAGUUGGAAGGGAGGAAGAUGGCUGCGAGAGCGAGGAUGAUGGAGACUGGAGGGGGGGGACGGAGGGGUCGAGGAGGAGGAUUGGGUGGGGGUGGAGGGAUAGAAGGGGAUGAUGCGGGGGGGGAUGUCAUGAUGGAUACGAGUGAUGAUUUUUAG